AUGUCAGAGCUGGCUAAUUCGCGCAGGAGGGAAUGUGUCACCACUCAGGGUUCCGCUCACAAUGAAGCACCGGAGUGGAAGGUAAGGUUCAUCACGUUUGAUGAAUUGGUCUAUGUCGGCGUCAGUUGUUGUCCCCAAAAGAUGAGCACCCGUUAUGACGACUACAUAGUUGCAGCCGAAGAGCCAACCUUACUAGUGGUGACAGUAGGAUGGGAUGCAAGCCACAUGAUUGAUAAACGGAACUUGGAUGCGAGUCGAAAAUGGAGGAAAGAUGAAGGCCAUCACGAUGGAAAUGCUAUCGGAAAGGACCAUGGUACGAGUGAUACCGCCCAAUGGCCGGUAGAGCUUUUCCAUAAUUCCAUGGAAUGGGAAUUCGAGAACAGGGAUAAAGACUCAGAGGUGACGCCUGCCAAUAUUUGCGGCUGCCGAGUAGGACCAGAAGAGCACGAAUUACAUAGUACACGGGCAACAAAUUGGUUGUUUCCCGCGGGAAAACUGUUAGAGGGAAGAAGAGCGCGGGAGUCUGAGCCAACGUCAACGUCUACCUCGGUUUACAACGAUACAAUUAGAGUUUUUACCUCUCGAGCGCUCCGAGUCGAACCCAAUUUGCUCAGCCUUCUAGCAUGUUAUGACCCCUAGACUUUGUUCUCAAAGUUUUAUAUUUGAUGGCUCAGCAGAACGCAACUGAUACAUAUCACUCUGCCUUGAUAUGUUGUCCUUCGAAUCGAAGUGUGAACUUGACAACAAGUUUCAUACCAACAGACAAGUAACACGGACCUUUUGGUGCAGAGACGGCCCGGAAAAGCGACAAUAAUGCCAUUGGUUUCUUUUGCUAGUGAUCGGCCAACUCGCUAGUAGAAUUCGAAUCUCCGAACCCCGAGAAUGGUAUCUAACCUGGAGCCUGUGAUCCCCUUUCCAGAUAGUUAUACAAUGUGUCGUGUCAUUACAUGUCUUACGUUCAUUUUGAAUGAAGUGGGGCAUUCGCUCACCGUCCC